UGUCAGUGUCAAACCAAUUAAACAUCUAUUGAUAACUGAUCCACGGAAAUCGAGCUAAGAAAAGGUUGUGCACUCCUAUUAUCACAAUAAAUGAAAGUAUUUAGUGUCUAACCAUAUAGAUAAGAUAACGGCGGUACAAGGAAAUACAGAUCAAUCAAAAUUUUUCACUGGGUGGAAGCCAUGGAAUAGCAAAAUUUAGUGGUAGUACUGUGAAACCAUCACGGAAAUUUUUUCUCUUGUUUUGAGUCAUUGCCAUUAUACUUUGGGAAACGUAGCAUAUGGAAAUGGAACCAGUCCCAGUAAAUCCCAGCGAUCUGGCAUUGCUCAAGGAACGUAUGAAACUCAUUGCGGAAGCUGAUCCGAAGCAGUAUCACAAUGAGUUUUCUUUGAAACGUUAUCUGCGUGCGUUUAAAACGGUGGAUGCUUCGUUUCAAGCAAUUCUUAAAACGAACAAGUGGCGUGAAGAGUAUGGUGUUGACAGAUUAGCAGACAGCCCGGCAAUUCAAGCCAACGUCAACAAGGCUCGGGUUCUGAAGCAUCGGGACUGUAUCGGGCGACCCGUUAUUUAUAUUCCCGCAAAAAAUCAUUCGUCUGAGCGGGAUAUUGAUGAGCUGACCAAGUUCAUCGUUCACUGCCUGGACGAGGCUUGCAAGCGUUGCUUCGAAGAAGUCACCGAUAACUUGUGCAUCGUGUUCGAUUUAGCCAACUUCAGUACUUCCUGCAUGGAUUAUCAAUUAAUCAAAAACUUGAUAUGGCUGUUAAGCAAGCACUUCCCGGAACGGUUGGGUGCUUGUCUAGUCCUGAACGCUCCUAUGGUGUUCUCCACUAUUUGGCCAGUGAUCCGGGGCUGGCUGGACGAAAACACCUCUAGCAAGGUAAUCUUCGUUUCAAGCGAAGAGGAUCUCUGCAAGUAUCUUAUUCCGGACAUUUUGCCGACAGAUAUGUAAGACGAGAUCAGUUCUGUUCAAAGAAAACAAAACGGUGAAACAAGGUAUCGUUCUACGUAGAACUAAUGCUAACUACCCACACUAAGAGAAAAUUAUUUUCUACAUAGAGAGAUUUAUUUUGACACUGUGUGAAGAUAUAUAACGCAAAUCAUUGUAAGACGUACUAGAGAAAUUAUUAGACAUUAUAGUUUAAUACCCGGAUCAAACAUAGUGCAAUUAAACGAGCGCGACUAUUUACACAUUAAUCUUCCUAUCGGAAUGAAGUAGGAAAACUUAGAUGGCACUAACUGACAAAAAUAAAACCCAGAAGCGUCUAACAUUCCUAUUAGUUCAAGAAACAAAAGUGGAUUAUUUUAGUUUUCCCCUUGAAUUAGAUAACCGAACAAGCAUUACUUCCAUACUAAUAAAGAAGGCACCGAACAUACUUACAUACAUAGACGGAAAGCUGUAGUGACGACUGUCAGAGAUCUCUGAAAUAGGUGGUUGUAUAAAAUCAUAAAGUGAAUAAACGUUUGUAACUGCAUACUGGAA